GACCGACCGGGCUGCUUCACUUGAACAGAUCGUCCGGACCGGGCGGAUCUACCGGUACCCUCUCUCUCUCUCUGAGCCGCCGUCGGGUCGCUCUCAGCCGGCCAUGGCCUCCGUCCUAUGCCGGGUCCAGUUCCUGGAGGAUUCGGAUCCGUUUAUCUGCACGAACUUCCCCGAGCCGCGGAGACCUCCGACGGUCAGCGUGGAGGAGAACCUGCCGCUCAGCGAGCAGCUCGGCGGGAUACACAAGCUGCUGGAGGCGCCUCUCAAGCUGGAGGAGUGCACCCUGCAGUUGUCUCCUAAUGGAAACUAUCUGGACCUGGACUCAUCUCUGGCCGAGCAGAGAGACGAGCUGGAGAGCUUCUACGAAGACGUGGCAAAGGGGAAGAAGCCGAUCCUGAUCCUGAGGACUCAGCUCUCCGUACGCGUUCACUCCAUCCUGGAGAAGCUGUAUAACUCUCAGGGUCCCGAGCUCAGACGCUCUCUGUUCUCCCUCAAACAGCUCUUCCAGGACGAUAAAGACCUGGUCCCAGAGUUCGUGGCCUCUGAAGGUCUGACGUGUUUCAUCAAAGUCGGAGCAGAGGCUGACCACAACUACCAGAACUACAUCCUGAGAGCUCUGAGUCAGAUCAUGCUGUUUGUGGACGGGAUGAAUGGGGUGAUCAACCACAGUGAGACGGUGCAGUGGCUCUACACUCUAACAGGAAGUCUGUCUCGUCUGGUGGUGAAGACGUCUCUGAAGCUGCUCAUCGUGUUUGUUGAAUAUUCGGAGUCCAACAGUCCUCGACUCAUCAACGCUGUCAACACAGUGGAUGAAAAAAGAGGUGUGAAGCCGUGGAGCUACAUGAUGGAGGUUCUGGAGGAGAGAAACGGGUCGGACACAGAGCUGCUCAUGUUCGCAAUGACGCUCAUCAACAAGACUCUGGCGGUGCUUCCUGAUCAGGACUCGUUCUACGAUGUGACUGACAGUCUGGAGCAGCUCGGAAUGGAGACUAUCAUCCAGAAACACAUGAACAACAAGGGGACCGAGCCAGACCUGAAGGCUCAGUUCACCGUCUACGAGACAGCUCUGCGGAAUGAGGACGGUGAUGUUGAGGACUCGUCUCUCUCGCUGCGUAAAGAAAGAAGAAAGUUGGCGGUCGGCGAGGCGGAGGGCCGUAAAAGUCGCCGCUCGUCGAGUCAGAACCUCCCGGACCUGCUGGCGUCCUCGGCAGGCUCCUCCCCCUCUGCCUCGCCCACGCCUCCCACUUUCCCCUCCCCCUUCAGCCCCGUGUCCCCCUCUGCCGCUAACACGCCAGUCUCCCCGUCCGUCUCCUCCGCCUCCUCGCCGAGCCCCACGGUGGGCAGCAGGGCCUCGUCCCCGCUGACCUCUGACCCCGGCAGCCCCGCCUCCAGUCCGUCCGGAUCCCAGAGAGGUUCCCCGCUGCCCCCCCACAUGGCCCCCAACGGCCCUGCCACCACGGAGCAGGACGAUAAGUCCCCAUCCAGCCCUAGGAGUCGCUCUUUCCUCAGCCACCACAUGUCUGCUCUGGGUCUGAGCAGGAAGUCCAGACUCUUCUCCAAAACCAGCUCCAUCUCUGAGGAGCCUUCAGCCGGACACAGCUCCUCAGACGUCUCCUCUCAUCAGGAGUUCAGCAACAGGACAGAGACUAAAACCAGUUUAAACUCUGGGGAGGAGGACCAGCCCUUCUGCUCAGAUGACUGUAAUGUAAAUCAGGACAAGCCGGUUCUGAGAAAGUUUCAAGACACUUUCCUGCGCAGCCUGGCCGCCACGCAGUGGGAGAAGAAGAGAAGGAGUAAGGACCUGAGCAAGGCCCGGCUGUCCUUGUCUGAUGAUGUCAUGACUCCGAACCUGCAGCCUGCAGAGCAGGGCAGCAGUGACCCGCCUGAGCAACUGUCCCGCCAGGUCUCCAGCAGCGUGGACACUAACGGACACUCAGACUCCCAGAAUGCUCACGCUCCUCCGGUGCAGCGUCAGUGCAGCACUCUGUCUAAUGACCGCAGGUUUCUCCUCGACAUGCUCUACUCUAAAACACCCAGUAGUAGCACCGCCGCCACCACCGACACCAGCGAAGAAGGACACUUCCUGCCCAGCGGUGAGCUGGAAGGACGUGGUCGUGUCUCUGAGCGUUUGUCCAAUCUCAGAGCUCUCUCUGUGGAGCCUAGCAGCCCAACAGAGAGCAGCGCCUCUCGCAGGGCCGAGCUGGAAGGACUGGAGGGGACGGCACAGGCAGCCAGGAUCAGACUGGAGCAGACUCGUCAGCUGCGGCAGCAGAGCAGCAUCGACACUGAGAGCCAUGCCCUGCGGCUGGAGGCCACCCAGCUGACGCCGCUGGCCCGGGGCGGCACUGGAGGCCCUGGUGGUGCCGCAGACGCCUGGAACCAGCUGCAGCUGAGUGCCGCCGCGCUGAAGAUCAAAGACUUGGACUUCUCUGACCUGCUGGAUGAGGAGGACAUCGACGUACUGGACAUGGACACCUUCGACUCCUCGUCCUCCUGCAUCUCCGGCCUCCCUCCUCCUCCUCCUCCUCUUCCAGGCCUCGCUGGAGCUCCUCCUCCUCCUCCCCCUCCUCCUCCUCUUCCAGGAAGUCUGGCCCCGCCCCCACCCCCUCCUCCUCCUCCUCCCCCAGGUGCCCCUCCACCUCCUCCUCCCCCCCCCUCUUCCUCACCCUUGGCGGCGACGGCGUCCUCAAAGCUGAAGAAGAAGACAGUGAAGCUGUUCUGGAAGGAGCUGAAGCAGGCUGACGGGCCGCAGAAGUGUCGCUUCGGUCGCGGGACGGUGUGGGCGUCGCUGGACAAGGUGGCGGUGGACACUUCCCGACUGGAACACCUGUUUGAGUCCAAGGCCAAGGAGCUAGCUGUUGCCAAGAAAGGGCCGGAGAUGAAGAAGUCUGAGAUUCUGGUUCUGGACCCGAAGAGGAGCAACGCCAUCAACAUCGGAAUGACCGUGCUGCCCGCCGUGAACGUCAUCAAGACUGCCAUCCUCAACUUCGACGAGUUCGCCAUCAGCAAAGAGGGCAUCGAGAAGAUCCUGACCAUGACGCCCACGGAGGAGGAGAAGAAGAUGAUCCAGGAGGCACAACUGGAGCAGCCGGACCUCCCUCUGGGCCCCGCGGAGCAGUUCCUGUUCAGCCUGGCCUCCAUCAGUGGCCUGACCCCCCGACUCCAGCUCUGGGCCUUCAAACUGAACUACGAGGCCCUGGAGAAGGAGAUCGCCGAGCCGCUGUUCGACCUGAAGCUGGGCAUGGAGCAGCUGGCAUCAAAUCAGACGUUCAGGAGAAUCCUCGCCACGCUGCUCGCCAUCGGGAACUUCUUGAACAGCUCCAACGCUAAAGGCUUUGAGCUGAGUUACCUGGAGAAGGUGGUGGAGGUGAAGGACACGGUUCACCGCCAGACGCUGCUGCACCACACCUGCAGCCAGGUGGUCGACAACUACCCACAAUCCUCUGACAUCUACUCCGAGAUCCCCGCCAUCACCCGCUCCGCCAAGGUGGACUUCGAGCUGCUGGCGGAGAACCUGGUGCAGCUGGAGAGGCGCUGCAAAGCAUCAUGGGACAACCUGAAGGUGGUCGCCAAACACGAGACGAAGGCCGUCCUCAAGAACAAGAUGACCGAGUUCCUGAAGGACUGCACCCAGAGGAUCAUCAUCCUCAAGGUGGUCCACCGCAGGGUCAUCAACAGGUUCCACUCCUUCCUGCUGUUCCUGGGACAGCCGUCCUCGUCUGUGCGGGACAUCCGUGUGACGUCUUUCUGUCGGAUCAUCAGUGAGUUCUCUCUGGAGUACCGGACCACCAGAGAAAGGGUCAUCUCUCAUAAACGCAAACAGGCUGUAAGGAGAGAGAGGACCAAGACCAGGGGCAAGAUGAUCACUGAGACGGAGAAGUUUUCGGGGGCGGUGCCAGCAGAAGACACUCCGUCCCCUGUGUCUCUGGCGGUGGAGGCGGAGCCAGGUCAGGAGGAGGAGCACGAGAACAUGAAGAACCUUCUGAUCAGCAGCAGCCUGACGGACCAGAGACCCGGACUGAGACGCUCCAGAGCUGUCCGCAGUAUGGGCAGAGUGAGUCCGUCCCAGCUGUCUGCGGCUAGAGACGACGGGAGCCCUGGCAGUCCAGAUGACGCCACCGACGAGAUCAUGGACCAGCUGGUGAAGUCCGUCACCCAGAACCCUUCAGACCGAGCCGCCAGCCCCAAGACCCGCAAACGGUCCCGCCUCAACAGAAAGUCAUUAAGGAGGACUCUCAAGAGCGGCCUCAGUCUGGACGUGGUCCAGGCUCUGGGACUCAACAAGUCUGCAGACAGAGUGUGAGACUGAUGGAGCAGCUGAACCUGAACACCGGAUGGAUUCAUCAACUCUCAUCAGUUUGAAUCUGAACUCACAAGACUGAAACAUAAGAACUGUUUCCUGCAGAAUAAUUUGACACUUUUCAGCCAUUCUUUCUUAAUUUAUGCAGUUAAAGUUCAUAUUUUCCUGCUGAGCAUCAAGCCAAAGAUGAUUCACUUCAUUUAAAAAGGAAAUAAUUUAACAUUUAAUUAUCAUCUUUACGUCUUUUUACAAAAACCCGCAGAAUUUAAAUAAGAAAUUAUUUAAAAUAUCCUUAUUAAAAGUUCAGUCACAUGAUCUGAAGUCACUCUGUGUCAGAAGGCUUCACACCAAAUAUCGACUCUAAAAUCCAAAAAUCUGUUAUUGACAGUGAACGAAACUUAUGAAUGAGAUUCAUCUCAACAAUCUGACGUCAAUGAUUUGACUUUUAAUCCUGCAGAUGUUCCAAACAGAUCAAACUAUAAAAUCAAUAUGUGUGUCCUCUCAGGAGUUUCAGCUUUAAAAAAUAGUUUUUUACAUUUUUUAGCUUUUGAGCAACAAAAUGCAGUUUCAGUCUGAGAUAUCAAAAAUAUAUAUAAAAAUAAGGUAUAAGAGUCACUGAAUCACUGACACUCUGUGUGUGU